AUGUGUACAGGAAAGUGCUCCAAGUGUAUUGGCAUCAGUCUCUAUCCACUGGUACUGGUGUCAAUCAUCUGUAACAUUGUUCUGUUCUUCCCUGAUUUGAAAAGCAUUUAUGCCCAACAGGAAACAGAGGGACUUUACCGUCUCACGGAUGAGGUAAAAUACAUGGGAGGUAUUAUUGGAGGUGGCAUCUUGGUGUUGAUCCCUGCGAUUCACAUCCACAGCACAGGGAGGCAAGGCUGUUGUGCAAAUCGCUGUGGGAUGUUCCUCUCCAUUAUCUUUGCUGCAAUUGGAGUGGUUGGAGGGCUGUACAGUGCCAUUGUAGCUGCUGUUGGAUUGGUUGAUGGGCCAGUUUGCAUGAAUGAGAUUGGCGUCUGGGGCAGACCUUUCAAAAGCAGCAGUGAAAGCUACUUGGGAAACUCUGACAUUUGGGACAGUUGCAAAGAGCCACAAUAUGUAGUGGAGUUUAACCUUGGCCUGUUUAGUGCCCUUCUGGUGGCUGGAUUUUUAGAAGUAGUACUCUGUGGAUUCCAGAUGUUCAAUGGCCUGUUCGGCUGCAUCUGUGGUACAUGUAGUAACAAAGAGGUGGCAUGAACUUAAAAAUGACAACAGACUAAAUAAAAGUGAAGAAAUGGUCCAGAUUUAUUUCCACACCCUACACAUUCUCCUUUUCCUCAUUAUGAAUUAGUAACCAUC